UGAAAAAUUUGGGUUUUUUGUCAUUUCAAACUUUAUAAACACCUUUUGUGUAUUAAGUUGCUGUGUGAUGAAUUUAGUGUCGGAAAAAUUUUCUUACUAAGAUGACACUGUGAUUCAGACUGUUAAUCUUUACCAAUCUUUGCUACUUCCCGGUCCACAGCAGACUUUUCCUUCUCUCAUGUUUUCCUCAUUCAUCAACUCUUCACACCGUCACAGUAUUUAGUACAGUAAACCUCGGAUAUAUCGGACUCGGAUAUAUCUGAAAAUCGCUCACAACGGACAGAUAAAAAAGAAGCAAUUUUUCUGUAAUGCAUUUCCAAUAAAAAUUCAUUGCAUAUAUCGGAUUUUUUAUAACGGAUUUCGCCUAUUUCGGACAAAAUCUCCAGUCCCGUUCCAAUGCAUUUCCAUGAAAUUUCCCUCGCAUAUAUCGGAUGGCCGCAUCGUGGCGCUCCGAUUCGCCGAAUCGUGACAGGCCGCUAUACGACGUCAUUUGCAGCGUUGCCUGGUACAUUGGAAACAUAGUCAAGGAAGUGCCUUUUUAUAACGGAUAAAAUCCGAUUUACGCAUAAACUGGAUAUAAAUCCGAUAUAUGCGUAAAACUGACAUUUUCCGGUAUACGCAUAUAACGGAUUUCGCUUAUAUCGGACAAAACCAGUGGGAACAAUUGAAUCCGAUAUAUCCGAGGUUUACUGUAUUUGAGCAUUUAAAAGUAAUAUUUAAAGUCAUUUACUUAGUCUUGCAUUUAAUUUGAACAAACGACAGCGUGCUUAUUGUUCAUGUUAGCAAACACCGCAGGAUGCAUCCCCUCCUGUGAGGCAGAAAGGCAACAUUAUAACACUACCGUGCUUCCAUAUGAGCCCCACAGCUGCCACCCCUUCUUCUCCCGUCGGCGUGGUUGGCUUCCAUUGCUGUUUUAAAGACAUUUAGGCCAAAAAAGUGAUGACAUAGUAGUGACAUCAUAGUACAGCAGCCAUUUAGUGGGUCAUCCCAGCAGGCGAUAGAUUGACUACAAGGUUGCAUUAGCCCAAAGGACGACCAUAUGGCUUCCUGAUUCUGGUGCAAAGGAUACGGACAUGAUUACCAGACUCGUAUGGGCAUCAAACACCCAAACUUUCUGAAUGAUUGAUUGCACAAUAAAACAAUUGAGUUGUGCACAAGCGCACGCCUCGUUGCGUCACAUUUAAUCAUGCGUAUUCAUUCGCAAAAUUCCUGCGGCUUCAGGGUGUAAAUGAAGUUUGAUUGGCCAACGCCAGCGUACAUUAAUGAGUUAGAAUGCCGCAUGUGCCUUUAAGAGCUCUUUGUGCCACUCCACAUGCCUCUCUCGGAGCCUCGUGAGUGUUUCUUGGCAUCGACUCUCCUCCUGCUGAACCGGGCGAGGAUGUCCUUCACAUCAGAGGUAGAAGUAGACAAAGACAUGUCCAUGUUUCUUCUUUUUCUUCAUUACCUCACAAUGACGGAUGUUUGGACACAUUAUGGACUGUAAACAAUGACGGAACCAACGGAUCAGAUGAGAACUUCACUCAGUCAGAAGAACUUGAGGAGAGUGAGCCGCACAGAAGACAGCAGUCCCUAUCCCAUUCCUGGACUUGCCACGGACUUUCUCCACAUGAGAGUGAAAGAAGGAAGCAAGAUCCGCAAUUUACUGCGCUUCGCAACAGCUCGCAUGCAAGACCAAGGCAAAAACAGCGAGACACCGCUGAGACAGGUCGUCUUCACCGGUUCGGACAGAGGAGUCACUAAGACCAUCACUUGUGUGGAGAUCCUCAAACGCAAAGUGGCAGGACUCCACCAGGUCUCCAAGCUCUACUACAAGACAGUGAAUGAGGUUUGGGAAGAUGACGGAGACGGAGACGGAGACGUGGGUGGAAGCAGGCAGAGGACAGUCCCUGCCAUCUGUAUCCUGCUGUCCAAAGACCCUCUCGACGCUCAGGAGCCCGGAUACCAACCUCCACAUACCGCGAUCACAGAGGACACGGACACAUGUGAAGGCGUGACCCGGACGCCGCAUGGGCCACCCUCGGCUAAGCGAAUACGUAUGGAAGACUGGAGUCAAAGUGUGCCUCUGUUGACAAAUCCAUUUCAGGGUGGCCUAGUCGGCUUACCAGGACAAAAACAUGGCGAGAGAAAGAGCCUUCAUAGCACAGCGGUUCAACUAGCAACCAGCCGGUCCACUCUAGACAGAGAAGAACCUGUUUUUGAUGUAGGUCCUUAAAAACCGCAGAGAAGAAGACUACUACCCCCAUCCAGAUAGAGAAGCUGCUCCUUAUGCAUCCAUUUCUGUACCGCUGGUCAUCGUUAGGGUCCCGGGUAAGCUGGAGCCUAUCCUCGCUGACGGUCAGGGGCGGGGUACACCUGGACUGGAUGCCCAUCGCAGGGAACAUGUACUCCGUAUAUGGACCAGCAACCACUCACGUUCACUUUAAGACCAAUGGACAAUUCAGAGAAGCACCAAACUACACGCAGAACAGGAAGGACAUAUACAUGACUAGGACAUCGACCUUCUCCUGGUUUUAAGCAGCUAUCUUGCUUCACAGCCAUUUUAAUGGACAACAAACAUACAAUUAUUAAUUAAUUAUACAAUAAGUAAUUAUGUAAAACGUACAUAUUAAAUCUUCUGGUUCACUUACUGUUGUACUUUUUCAAAUAACCCGCGCGCGCAACGUAACCUGAGGUGGCUAACGAAUCAAGCUAUCUUUAGCUAGUUUAGUCGUCUCCCCUCUCAAAAUAUACACACUGUGGACGAUGCACAACAUAAUCACCCUUCUGCUAUAUGUUAACCACGUUCACCUUACCUCGUGUCUAGUCUGACGCUUUCUAGUUAGUUAAUAUUACGUUUAAUGACAAUGGCAUUUUAAGCUAGCAUCCACUCGGUCACAUUAGCCCUUUUAGAAUUCGGUAUUUUCAACCGCCAGAAAAUAACUGAAGUGCACAGCGAACAACAAUAUAAAUUAAUUCUAACAUGCUGCUUCAGUUGAAACUCCAAAUAAUUGGUUUAUUAAGUAAUUAGCAGAAACUUACCGUACGUACUCUUUCCACUGGGAGAAAAUGCCGUCUUGAAAAUUCUGACGGUUAGAAAUUGAAGAGGAGGUGGGCGGGGCUCUUCAGAGUAAGUCUAACACUGCUCAUUUAACGACGGAAAUUGACACCAACACUGGGGGGCGCUUUACUCAAGCUGUUGUUGUAUUAACUCGGAUAGAGUCAAUGCACUUUGACACUGCAUAUUUAACACUGGGGAAUUUACUGUGUAGGUGUGUGUUUGGAAGGGAGACAGUGCAACUCAAAGAGAAAGAAGCACUGAUAAAAAAAAAAAAAAAAAAGGUAAAGGCGCCAAUUAGAGACAGAGAGCCCU